AGAGGGAGAGAGAGAGAGAGAGAGAGAGAGAAAGAGACACCAAGCCUACUUGCUUGACUCUUUUUGUCAUACUAAACAGGCAGCUUGAUGAUUUUUUAUAUCUCGUAGUGGAUGCAUUCACAAAGCUCAAGAAACGGAGUACAAAAAACAAAAGUCGUCAUAAGAAAAUGACCAACAUGGCUAGUCAGGCUCCUUUCGCCGUCGUCGUCGUCGUCCUCCUGUUCUUAGCUACCGUGAAAGCGGAAGGUAAAUAUUGCAUUAUGUUUUAUUUUACUUCAUCAUUUAAAGUCAAAAAGUUUCAAUAUACUGAUCUUUACUUAGAAGAACACAUAUUCUGACAACAAAGAGCAUUUGCAAGAAACUUUAAACCUCCAAUUUCCUGUUUAAUUUCUGCACCUGUUAACAUCCACAAAAAAAGUAAAAGAACCAAAAAUAUAACAUUUUCCUGUAUGUUUUUUUAAUGCCACCUGGUUUCCUAAAAGUAUGGAAGAAUCACUAGUUGUAUAAUAACAGUAACCCAGAGAAAUUUCAUCAGACCCAGAUGUACACAAGAUGAGUUGAGUUUUGCAAACCACCCUGAACUCUCUGAUCAUCUUCCUUUCUAACUGAAGUAAUGGAGAAGAAUGUUCUAAAUGAAAUGACGAGCUGAAGCAAAUACACUGCAAUAACUUAAUAUCUGUCUAUAUCUUUAAAGGAGAUGUAACAUUCUUCAGGAAAGAGUUCACAAUGACCUGUCCAGAAUCUGGGACUUGGUACUACAAAGAUAAGAUCUCGGAUUCAAACACCACUUUGACCAUUACUUAUGGAAAUGACAAGAAAGGCCUUUACUACUGUGAAUAUGACAGUGACAAAAAAUAUUAUUUCUUUGUACAAGGAAAGGUGUGUGAGAACUGUUUUGAGCUGAAUGCGGCUCUCUUUGGGGUGGUCAUCGUUAUGGACGUGGCUCUGACAGCAGUAGUGAUGAUAAUCAUUUUCAUGUGUACCAAGAAGAAGAACCCAGCUGGACUUGCUCACCCUCCCAAAACACCUGCUCGUCCUGAAAGGCGGGGUCCACCUGGCCAAUCUUCUGAGUAUGAGCAACUGAACCACACUCGCUCCCAGGAUACCUACUCCAUCGUGAACAGGACAGGAUAGACACAAGUCACCUGACUAUGCCGGGUUACUGGUUCCAAAGCUGCACGGAUGAAGGCAAACAUUCACAAAAGACAUACGUGAACCGUGAACAGCAAUCAUGCUCGCAUUACCAUGCCAGCACUUGUUUUCUGCUCUUUUAGAUUUAAAAGGUUGUUUAACCCAAAUAGCAAAACAAAAAAAAAGAAAAGAAAAUGGAAGAUCAUGUCGCUCAGCUAAUUUGAAGAGAAUCCAAAUCAUGAUUAAAUAAUAUACUUAUGCCAAUGAGAGAAUUUAACACACAAAUAGGAUUACAAAUUAGUGUGAUGCUAGUCUUUAAUGUAUUUAUUUUCACGGUAAUCUAUAAACUCGACUCAUUAUCUCACAGUUUUCUACUGAGUCAGUUGUAAUACGCUGGCACCAAGUAUUGUAACUGAGAGUGUGUGAGAACCACAGUAAAAAGCCAACAAAAAGCUAACAGUAACUUCAAAUAACAUUAUUAUAAUAAUAAUGUUAUUUGAAGUUACUGUCUUGGCUGAACGGCUUUGUUUUAGAAGCAUGAAUACAAACUUGACUGAAUACUGAACAAAAGAAAAGGCAUCGACAAUUUCAGGAUCACUAUGCCUGCUGUGUUUUCUUUUAUAAACCCAUCACAUGCAGCGUAGACAAUGAAGGGUGUACUUGAGCCCAUCUGAUAGGGCUGUGUGAGGCACAUCAUACAAAAAAAAACUAUUACUGUUGCUAUUUUAGAUGUUUUCAAAGUUGUGAGCGCCACAAACGAACAUCCAUCCAUUCGUGUUCGUCGUAGUGGUGUGGUGGCAUAAAUCUCAGAUACAGGAUAUCUGGAUGAAUAAAAUCAAAACUAUCUGCAUGGCUGGACAGAAAUGUGCUUUGUUUUUGUUAGUUUUUUUGGUCACUUACACCCAUACAGCUUAGUGCGAUCCAAUAUACCUGUUCUGCCAUAAAGUUUACUUUUAUGAUCCCUAUAAUGUUAAGUUUGUUUGACACCAUUAUACUGGUAUUAAUCAAAUACCAUCUUUUGGCACUGAGAUCAUGUACUGAGAAAUAUUUUUCGCCUUUCCUAUUCACAUACACAAGGCAUUCUGAAUAUUCCCUUUAACUGUAACCCAGUUAACGAACACAUUCAACAAAGUCAAGAAAAAUGUGAAAAUGUAACAUAAGCUUCGUAAAAGUAGAAUUUCUGGCCAAAAACUAUUGUUUUGGAUUGUACCGGUGUACCUAAUAAAGUGGCUACUGACUGUAUAUAUAAAUAUAUAUGUAGUACUAUGAGUGUGAUGACCGUUUAAUAUGAAAACGUUGACAGAGUACUGUCUAAUUUAAAACGAUAUAAAAAUCCUAACUUGCAUUGUCGUUUCACCAUAUCUGUUUUCUGUACAUACUGAAGUUCUGACUCAUCAUAUUGUAAAAAAAAUAGCAGUAUAAAUUUUACUGCACAAACAUAUUUUAUUAACUUGCUGUUUUCUUUCCUUUUUGCUUUUGUUCUAAUCUACUGUGUUGAUCUCUUUGUCACUGUGCCGGGCACGGUAUGUGUCACUAAUAAAUGAAAACCACAGGUAA